AAAGCCGGUUAAUUUAGUAAUCUGUUCAAACCUCACCAACUCACACACACUCAGCAAUCCAACCUCACACCCUUCUCUAUUGCUAUAUAUAGUCGACUUGCUGGAGUUCCAUUCUUCGCUUGUAAUUCUUUUUUCUGCUGUUCCAUUCUUAAGGCUUUAAUCUUGCUCAAAAGUCGAUCAUGGCACCAGCAGCUGCUUCAGUCAACCCAAGAGAUGUUUGUAUCGUGGGUGUUGCUCGUACACCUAUGGGUGGUUUUCUCGGUGCACUUUCAUCAGUACCAGCAACCAAGCUCGGAUCUAUAGCCAUUCAGAGUGCUUUGAAAAGAGCAAAUAUCGAUCCAUCACUUGUCGAAGAAGUUUUCUUUGGAAAUGUACUCAGCGCAAACUUAGGACAGGCUCCUGCCCGCCAGGCAGCAUUGGGAGCCGGGAUCCCGAAUUCUGUAGUCUGUACAACCAUCAACAAAGUCUGUGCCUCUGGAAUGAAAGCGACCAUGCUAGCAGCACAAAGCAUCCAGUUGGGUCUCAAUGACGUUGUAGUGGCCGGUGGCAUGGAGAGCAUGUCGAAUGUCCCAAAAUACAUCGCAGAGGCGAGGAAAGGAUCUCGACUGGGACAUGACUCUCUUGUUGAUGGAAUGCUGAAAGAUGGACUCUGGGACGUUUAUGGUGACGUCGGCAUGGGUGUGUGUGCUGAAUUAUGUGCUGAGAACCACAGCAUUACAAGAGAGCAGCAGGACGACUUUGCAGUCCAAAGUUUUGAGCGUGGAAUUGCUGCUCAAGAUGCCGGUUCCUUUGCAUGGGAGAUCACUCCAGUUGAAGUAUCCGGUGGGAGAGGGCGACCAUCCACCAUUGUCGACAAGGAUGAAGGUCUUGGAAAGUUUGAUGCUGCAAAGUUGAGGAAGCUGAGACCGAGUUUCAAGGAAACGGGAGGAACUGUCACAGCUGGCAACGCUUCUAGCAUAAGCGAUGGUGCCGCGGCUCUUGUUUUAGUGAGUGGGCAGAAAGCUCUUGAGCUCGGGCUUACAGUCAUCGCAAAGAUCUCCGGAUAUGCUGAUGCUGCUCAUGCCCCAGAAUUGUUUACGACCGCCCCAGCUCUUGCAAUUCCCAAAGCACUCAAGAAUGCUGGUAUAGAAGCAUCUAAAGUAGACUAUUACGAAAUCAAUGAAGCUUUCGCUGUUGUGGCUCUUGCAAAUCAGAAGCUAUUGGAUCUUAGUCCGGAAAGAGUUAACGUACACGGUGGAGCUGUGUCUCUGGGGCAUCCUCUCGGUUGCAGUGGCGCUCGUAUCUUGGUCACUCUUUUGGGGGUUUUGAAGCAAAAGAACGGGAAGUAUGGUGUUGGUGGUGUUUGCAACGGAGGAGGAGGCGCCUCAGCCCUCGUCUUAGAACUCGUGUAAUCCCACCCAGUUUAUGAUUUCGCUCAACCGGAAGCAGAAACAGUCGUGGCUGGUUUAUAGCAGCAUUGAAGAGUUGGAAAGCAGAGUGAAGUAGAUUAAUCUGUACCUUCUCAGUUUUAGAUAAGAAUCCAUUUGAGUUCUUUCUUCAUCCAAUAAAUUGAACUUAGACAAGUAGAAAAGAGUGUGUUUCUGAAUCAUAUCUCAAUAAAUGUUCUUGUUUCAUAUUUUAUUUCA